AUGCAAAUCAGAGUACUGCAAGAAAUUGAUACCCAGUAUUCCAGUGGGAACAUUCGCAAGAAUGAACGUCCAGUACUGCAAGAAAUUGAUACCCAGUAUUCCAGUGGGAACAUUCGCAAGAAUGAACGUCCAUGGAUGCCGUCGUUGCCCUCCCAGGUUGAUCGUGAAUGGUCUUGUUCCAAAAGUUGGAGUGGGAGUGCCAUUCGCAGCGCAUAG